AUGGACUUCUCCGGCGUAGUUCCACCUGCAGAUGGACCCGAGUCCCCCAUGGCGGGGCAAAUUUCCCAGAGCCGCAAACGUGGCAUCGGGCGGACAGCUUGCUCGAGAUGCAAGACACGAAAGCAGAAGUGUGAUGGCCAGCUGCCCGUCUGUUCCAACUGUACGAAAUCAAGGGCCACUUGCGACUUGCAAAAUGUCCGUGGCGAGGAUUUGGUCGUCGCAAAGUACAUCCAUGCUCUUGAAAAUAAGGUCGCGGAACUGGAAAUCCAACUCCUGCAGCACCAACCUUCGCAGGCCGAGAGGUCCGAUGCCAGGACUCCCUCGAGUGGCACGCCAGGGCAGAUGAGCAUUGCCGACGUAGCGAAUUCGCUUUGCCUCUCUCUUCCCGACACAUCUUCAGGAAUGGAGUUCUCCCAGUUUGCACUUCAUCUUGCCCUUAAUAUCGGUGACGUCUCUCAAGCCUCGGCGACCACUGAUCGUAGUUCAACCGGUGACACCAGCAUGUCAGAGGAGCACCUGGAAAGCUCUGCCGCGAGAAAUUACCCAUUCACAAAUGUUGUAGAAAGCGGCGUGAAUGGCACUGGGCUACCAUCAGAUGAACUGGGUGUAAGACUGAUCAAGACAUACUCGGAGAGAGUUGACUCGAGGUAUUCGUUCCUGGAUCUAGACGAGAUCAUGCAAUGGCAUCAAGACAGGGAAACUCUCUUUCAUAUUAGCCUGAAGUCCCUGACUGCCAGUCAGCAGUUUGGACUGUUCAAAUUGUACCUCGUGUACGCUGUUGGGUCUGGUCUACUUUCCUUGACGGAGAAACAAGCAUCUUUACCUACACCAGAGGCUUUCUAUGCGAUGGCAAUACGGCAUAUCUCCGUAGCGCGAGAGCCCCGAUCGAUAGAGAAUAUCGAGGCCAUGGUUCUUUUGGUGAUAUUUCACCUUCGUUCCUCGAUCAGUCAAGAACUAUGGUAUCUCAUCGGAUUUGCCAUGCGUACCUGCAUUCACUUGGGAAUGUAUCUUUCAAGGCGCGAAGUCGACCUGCUCCCCGCUGUUGUUCAAAAGCGCCGGAAGUUGUUCUGGACAGUGUAUUCUCUCGAGCGUAACAUUUCUAUCGCACUCGGCUAUCCUGUCAGUCUGCCAGAUCGAUUAAUUGAUGUCGAGAUGCCCACUCUGAUGCGAGAGGAUGAUCACAAGCUACGGCAAGUAAUCCAUCUGUUCCGACUCAGGAGAAUUGAGUCUCGCAUUCAUCAUUCUCUAUAUCGUAUUGACCGCACCCUGCAAGAGCUUCUGCCAAAGGUUAGAGGGUACUAUCAAGAGUUACAGGAGUGGAAGGAGAGCUUACUUGGGUCUGUGUGCCUGGACAACAACAAUAAACCGGAUUAUCUACUUCUCCAUUACCACCGAGCUAUUCGCCUCCUGAUGCAACCUUUCCUCUCUAUCCUACUAAGCUCCGAUCCAUAUUUCAAAGCUUGUUUAGAUUCCGCGGGUCAGAUUUGUCAACUACAUAAGAAAUUGCACCAGAACGCUGCGUAUGGACAUAGCUUUAUCGCCGUCCAGACCGUCUUUGUCUCCGGUAUCAUGAUGCUAUAUUGCCUAUGGACACACAAAAGCGUCUGGAGUGUGCGAUUGAGCAACAAUAUUCGAGCUUGCUCGAGCGUUCUAUUCGUUAUGGGCGAAAGAACUCCAUGGGUCCGGCGAUACCGCGACGCAUUUGAGGCGCUGGUGACCAUGACCAUGGAGAGGCUAGAGACCCAACAAGAAUGUGACGUUAGAGAUAUUUCAAACAUCAUGGAGGAGGUUCCCAUGCAGAACACGGGAGUCCCACCGCUUGGUGGCACCCAGAGUGGUGGCAAUGUAGUUGCCGGGUUUCCGGCAAUGGAAGAGCCCGGACCACCACAAGGAGAGCCUAUGCCCCCAGCACUGCAGGUGUUACAGGACAGAUGGAUGGAGUUUGAUACAAUGGCGGUUGUGGAUGAGCUUGUCACCUGGGUAGAUCCCAACACUCCCCCGGCGGAAACAUCUUGGAUACCAGGUUACGGAAGUUUGGGGGAUACCAGUUGGGAGGCAUGGCAGUUACCAUAA